AUGAUUUAUCGGGUCGGGCUUAGGGGGGUGGAGAAGGGUGGAGAUGAGAGUUUGGAGGCUGAGUUUAUUGGUACUGGCGUUGAUGUUAAUUUGGUUGGUUAUGAUAUGACAUAG